UUCUGCCUUGCUGCACGUUUGUCUGACAGCUCGAUCCCAGCUUCACCGUUAUGUCUCUCGGUAAAGUUGCCCGGAGUUUGGUGCUUCCUGCCCGGGUCGCCCUGCGGCCCUGGGCCCCGGCUCUCCACCGGAGCUACGCCGCUGUCGCCGAAGCCAGAGCCGUGCUGGAGACCGAGCUGGAGGGGAUCCGAGCCGCAGGGACGUGGAAGGCGGAGAGGAUCAUCACGUCGAAGCAGGGACCGCAGAUCAACGUGGAGGGCAGCCGCAGCACCAUACUGAAUUUCUGUGCCAACAACUACCUCGGGCUGUCCAGUCACCCCGAGGUGAUCCAGGCGGGGGUUGAUGCUCUGAAGACUCACGGAGCUGGACUGAGUUCAGUCAGGUUCAUCUGUGGCACACAGGAUCUACACAAGGAUCUGGAGCAGAAGCUAGCAGAGUUCCACGAGAGGGAGGACUGCAUCCUGUAUGCUAGUUGUUUUGAUGCUAACGCUGGACUCUUUGAGGUCCUGUUGGGUCCAGAUGACGCGGUUCUGUCCGAUGAGUUGAAUCACGCCUCCAUCAUCGACGGGAUCCGACUGUGCCGAGCGAAGAGGCUGCGCUACAAACACAUGGACCUCAGCGACCUGGAGACAAAGCUCAAAGAGGCUCAGUCGUCUCGUCUUCGUCUGGUUGUGACGGACGGCGUCUUCUCGAUGGACGGAGACGUGGCUCCUCUGUCAGGAAUCUGUGACCUGGCUGAGCAGUACGGAGCGUUGGUGUUCAUCGACGAGUGCCACGCUACCGGGUUCCUGGGGGCCCGAGGCAGAGGAACAGACGAGCUGCUGGGAGUGAUGGACAGAGUUCACAUCGUAAACUCCACCCUGGGGAAAGCUCUGGGAGGAGCAGCCGGGGGCUACACGGUGGGUCCUAAGCCCCUCAUCGACCUGCUGAGGCAGCGCUCUCGGCCGUACCUGUUCUCCAACUCGCUGCCCCCCCCGGUGGUCGGCUGCGCCAAACGGGCCGUGGAGCUGCUGCUGGCAUCCAAUGAGAUCUCACAGAGCAUGACGGCCAAAACCAUGAGGUUCAGGAACAAGAUGACGGAGGCCGGCUUCACCAUCUCCGGCUCGGCUCACCCCAUCUGUCCCGUGAUGCUGGGAGACGCUCGGCUGGCCUCUCUGAUGUCUGAAGACAUGCUGAAGCUAGGGAUUUACGUGAUCGGAUUCUCCUUCCCAGUCGUGCCAAAGGGCAAAGCCAGAAUCCGCGUUCAGAUCUCCGCGGCGCACACAGACGAAGACAUCGACCAGUGUGUGGACGCCUUCAUCCAGACGGGCAGGAAGCACGGAGUCAUCUCCUGAGCAUCACGGAAAAGCAGGAAUAAGAAAGAACCGGCUUUAUGAACGAGUUACUGAACAGAAACGAAGCGCUUGCUCUCAGAUUGAGCUGCCUGACAUAUGAAUGAUGGUGAUGGGAGUACUGGCUACCCCUGUAGGUCAGAGGAGGUUAUUGUUAUUCAUGUGUUUGCUUAGCUGGAUAAAGCACAUGUUGCUGUAGGUGUUUGUAUUUAGAAUAAAGGGCUGUAUGUUAUAUUUCCUACAAAAAAAGGAGGAAUAUUACUACUGAAUCCUUGAAUGUUUUGACAAAAGAUGGAUUUAUAAAGUAAUAAAGUCCCAAUUGGGAAUGCAAGUACUCUAAUAACCUUGCCUUAACUCAUCUUUCAAAACCAGCUUAAGACGGUGGCUUUUUCUUUGUGCUUUGUAGUUAGAGAAAGAUUUUAGGGAGUGAAGAAUGAAGUGUGUGUUGUUGUUUAAUUCUCAGCUCUUGUGAAAUGUGACGUUACCCAAAGGUCUUUUUCAGCUUGGACACAUGAGAGCCGCUUUGCCUUUUUGUCUCAGGAGAUGCAACUGCAGAUUUCCACAUUCUGGAUAAAGUAAAUGAUAUUAAAGUCUGCCUUUGCU